GCCCGCCUGCCUCGGCGUUUGCGUGAGCCCCUGCUCCAGCCAGGUGGGUUGGGGACGCCGCCGACUUGUUGCUUUGUGGUCGUUGUGCGGGGCGGGCUUCCCGCGAGCCCCGCGUUCAUUUUGGAUGCUAGCGACGGAGGAGCAUGCCUCUGAGCAAGUGCAGAGCGCAGUUGCCGGCCUACGGGGGAGCCACGGUCGCCUGGCGUCUCGCGGGCAGGAUUUCUCGAGGAUAAGUCGUCGGACUGGUGCAUGAGCUGGAGGUGGAAGUAAGAUUCGACAGAGGGCUUAUGCCUAUGGGAAUGGCUGUCAUGUUCUGGGAGAAUGGUUCCUUUCUGCAUUUCCGAUAUGGCUGCAUCUUCCACCCUUCCGAGCCUACCACAGCUCUGCUGCUCAUCAUGCUGGGGAAAGUCUUGCUCAAUCUAUUUCUACUUAGAAUCAGAAGACAGACUCUGCGUGGAAGUUUUAUGGUCCACUUCUGCACUUCACUAGCCAUGCUUGACUUGGUGCUUCUGGUGACCAUGUUUUUCAUUUUCUACUUCCAGGACUUUAUGCUUUUGGGCAUCCGGUUUACCACGUAUCACAUUUGCCUUUUGGCACAGAUUAUGGCCAUUACCUACGGGAUCUUACAUUACCCCAUUGCUUUGAUGGCUGGCCUGGAUUAUUAUUUGACAAUAACCAGAGCUACGUCUUCUAAUGUAUGUCGGAGAUCACUGUACACAGUCGCUGUGGUCUUAACGUGGAUUUUGGUUCUCUGUUACGUUCUCACAUUACCAAGCAAUGUCAUAGGACUGGACAAAAACCUUCACAAUUCUGGAUACCAAUGCCCUUUCUACAUCAGCAGUCAGAGCUACUGGCUCUCACUAGGUAUGCUAUCGAUCAUAUGCAUGGUUUUUGUCCUGUGUUGGUCAGAAGUGAGGGAGAUGGCACAGCCAAUGAAGCUGAUUUUGUAUAAGAGCGAGACUGUGCUGUUCUUCCCUCAUGGGCCUGACUGCAGCCCUAGAGACUGUGCGAGACAUUUCUUGACGCGGCUGCUAGUCUGCUUUGUUGGCAACUGGGCACCUUUUGUUUUCCUUCAAAUGCUCAUUGUGCUCCUUGAUGUUCAGAUUCCUGCCUACAUAGAGAUGAACGUUCCCUGGCUCUACUUCAUCAACAGCUUUCUUAUUGCAGCCGCGUACUGGAUCAGGCGUCGGCAAAUAGAGCUGACAGAGGAGCUCUGGAGUGUUGAUCCGUUUGUCAGCUGGAAAUUCUGCUUUGUCCCUUUCCACUCUCAGAAUGCAGAUGAAGCUCAAAAGCCCACCAGUGAAAUUGUGAUCUGUUAACGCGCCGCUGUGGGAGGAGUAUGCUGAUUCAGCACAAUACUCGGGAAGGCUGUGCUGUUUUGUAACAUUUGUUGUGAACUCUGAUGGGAGAAUAAUACACAAAUGUAGCUGUGAAGGGGGGGGGGGAAUGCCACCCGUGAUGCUAAAGGCCAUAAUGUGCUGUUUUCCAAGUUGGAUUUCCAGUACGGGUACUAAUUUCAAAAUAAAAAAUUAACAAAAACUUGGUCAAAGAGGCUUGGUAGUGUUGUUAGCAAUAACAGAGUUUUUGGAUAGCAAAGAAUCUAUUGCUGUCUAGGCCCUCCCAACCAAAGUAAGCUAAAUUUCUCCUUUCUUAACAUCCCACUUCAGAAGUGAAAGAAAAAAGUAAAAUACACCACCUGCAAUGCCCUUCAUCUUUUGGUGCUACUCAAGUGCAGAAGAGAGCGAUGAGGAUGAUCAGGGGUCUGGAGA